AUACAUGGACAAAAUCACUCCCUGAACGUUUUAUAUAGUAAACAAUACUCGAUCGAGAAACUUCCUGAAUAUUACAAGUUUAAUCAUACUAAUGUAGUAUUCUAGCGUAUCCGCCUGGUUAUUGAAAUAUUGUGUUUCGAGGACGGAUUCUUCUUUCAAUGACUUCUGUCGAUAUAUAUAUAAGCACUGAUCGAGGAGGCAAGAAUUGUGCGAAUAUUUACUGUCAACAUGGAGUGUGCCAACCACCAAACCCUCUCUCCCCAAAAGCCGAGCGUUUUCCUACACACACUAGUUUGGAAAGAGAACUGACAGAGAGAAUGUGUUAUAAACCUGACUUACAAACAUAACUCGAUCAGUCUGACCAUGGACGUAGAUAGGGGAUCUAAGUUCGUGACAGAGCGGCAAGAAAAUCCAAAUGGAACCCACAAAAGCUUACAAGCAGAACUCAGGCUUUUAAACUUGAAAUUUAAGCUUUUACAGGGACAGACUUGUUAUAAUUAUUAGACGGAACAGUUCUGAAGCAAUGAAAAUAAUGAACCACGGACGUGUCCAUAAUGAACGAGUCUGCGUCGCUAUGCAAUGGCGCCUCCCUUGACACGCAACUUCCGGAGCGGGAAAGCCAAACAGGAUUAUGUUGAUUGUUUCAAGGUGCGAGGAAUAUCUAAAAUGACAGAUUCUACAGAAGAAAAGCUUGAAGAUGAGAUGGAGGGUGACAAGAGCGUUUACUCAGAGAAGGAAAGAAAUUUUCAUGCCAAAGAGCACCCUGAUAACGUGGAACUCCAGGAUGAAUUGCCAGGAGCUUGUGAACAUAAACCUAGUCAGAGCCAGGCUCCCAUUAUAUUUGACAAAGAUCUGUUUGAUGCAGAAGACAGUGAAGAAGACAGACCAGAUUUGGCAGGUUCAGAUAGAGAAUCAGAAGGGUCCGUGAAUAACAGCAGUCAGAAUGAAGAUGAUGGUUUCAACGAAGAUUCUGUUGACCCAAAACUUUUAAAGAAACUGCAAAAGAUGAAGGGAGCAGCGAAGAGAGAGAGAGAAAAUAAGCCGAGACGUUGCAAACCACCUUAAAAAUGAUUUACUUGAUCUGCACAGUGAAACACAGAGACUCAUCAGAGAGUCACAUGUAUCACUACCUUACCACAAACCAGAACCCAAGUCACUGAAGGACUUCAUGCUCCGAGCUCAUAAGAAAAAAGAGAUCUAUCAGACUAUCAAGUUUUCUCGUGAUAUAGAAAAAGCUGCUAUUAUACAAGAAAAAUUUGCUGAAUUAACACAUUUUACACUACCCCUGUUAAAGAAAAAAGGGAGAUCAUCUCAUUCUGGAGUCAAUUCCAGUGACAACUCCCAAAAUCAAGAGAUGACAUCAGAUAUUGAGAGGAUGGACUUGCUUCAACAGAACUCUCAAGAAGAGCAGAAAACUAGUCAAUUGCUAAUUGAAGAGGGUCAUUAUCAAUCUUCCAAGAAAAAGCCAAACAUUUUAUUUGGAAAGGAAGAAUCUUUAUUGUCAGAAGAUGGUUCAUUCAAUAGUCUGUUUGAGGGAAAACCUCAAGACUCUAUAGAAGUCACCUGUAAUAAAACAGCAGAGGAAGGAGAGGACUGUGUGGACAAUGGUCAGAAUGUGGUGUCUACUGACUGUGUGACUAAAAAAUCUGAAAAUAGUUGGUCUGCUGUGGGUGACGAGUUAGUGGUAUCACUAGAUGCUGCAUCUGUAAAUGUUGACCACAGUGCAUGUUUAUAUAAAAUGACUGAAGGCCUAGAAUCUGCAGUGUGUUGUAAAGGUAACAUAACAUCAGAUGCUGAAGCUACAAGUGCUGUCCAAUUUGACUCCAGAGAUUCAAGCUGUAUGGCAGACAUUUCUCAGCUGGAUGAAAGACAUUUACCAAGUGGAGAUUUAUCUCCUUUUUUGAGACAUGCGAAUGAAAAAUAUAGAAGUGAAGUUGAUAAUGAAUGUCAUAUCGUACACCGAGAUGGUACUGUUACCAGUGACACAUUAGUUUCUACAGAGAAGAGUGCUAAAAUGCAAGCAAAGAAUUCACUAAAAGCAGUAAAAGAAUUGAAAAGCAAAGAUACUGUGCCCAAACUAAGCAGAGGAAAUGGUGAGUUCAUCAUUUUGGAUAGCAUUUCAACUCAGCAAGGAGAAAGUGCUUCAAAACCUGUUCCAGCUGGUGUUAAGAAACUGAUGGACAGACUGCUUCAGCAAAACACCAGAAAAUCAGUUGUAGCAUCUCAGAAUGUAGAGAUAAGUAUUGUGGAAAAAGAUAGAGAAGAGCAGGGAGCACGUGAGGAACUAACACUGAAGACUGUGACAUAUAGCCCAGACAUGGUCUCACAGUCAGAAGUUCUCAGCUCUUCAGGCGGAGGUCUUGAGGCCUUAAAGCAAAAAUUACAACUUGGAAUACAAAAACGCCGUGUAGAAGCUUAUACUCGUCGCCUUCAACUCUAUAAAAUGGAGAAUGAAGAAGAUUAUGAUGCAGACAUUGAAGGUACUUUUGAGCAGGAAAAUGAGGAAGAAGCAGAAAUGACAGAGGAGUCAGACACUGAUUUCACAGAAGAUGAAGGGAAUGAUGAUGAUGAUGAUGACAGUGCUGCUUCAGAUAAAGAUGAUGAAGACUCUUCAAAAAAAGGAAAUAUUUUUAUUGAUGAUGAGGCUGAUGAGGAUUCUGAAGAUGGUUGUGAUAAUGAAGAAGAUGAAAACGACAUAUCUAUUGAGGAAAAAUCAAAUUUACAGUUACAUCUAGAAUCAUCAGAUGAAGAGGAAGUUACUUUUAAGAAACCUUACACUAAAGCUCGGAAACUGGUCAUCAGCGAUGAUGAAGACAGCAAAGAGACAGCAAAGGAAGAACUCGAAACUGGUGCUGAAGAAGGAAAUGAAGGUAAGAGCUUGGCAGAUCUGUCAUUCAGCUCAGAUGGGCUUACACCUUGGUCACGACAUCUGCAAGAUACCCAACCCAAGCGUUCAAGUUUAACAUUACCAAUAGAGGACUCUCAAGAUCUGUAUGGAGGCUCAGAGUCAGACUAUAACAAUUCUUUAACCAGCCAGAACCACCAGUCAUUUUUAGAUGAGUCAGAGAUACUAGAUGCUGAUGGCUACCUUAAAGUGGCCACCCUGUCCACUCAGCCUUCACUCAAACAUCUUGUCCAAAACAGCAUCCAGCCAGAAGAAGAGAAUAUGGAUGAACUAAUGGGCCUCUGCUCAGGAAAAUUUAUGGGCAAUAGUCAGGAAGGAAUGCAAUCUGGCAAGUUACCUUUUGGCAAUGUGCUCAGUAGAACCUUUCAGGAUACAAAACUUCCUGAUGUCUUGUCACAAUCUGCACCCCAAAAGAGUGAAGGUUUGGAGUGCCCAUCACAAAGCCAGGCUAGCCAGGAUGGCAUGGCUGCAUUGCUAGACCUUUGCUCAGGAGAAUUCAUUUCCAGCUGCAGUGCUUCAAAGAAAGAGAGUGAGAAACGUGGAACGAAAAGAAGAAUGGAUAUCACAGCAGAGGAGAAUUCUAAUGAUAGUGAUGGGAUGAAAACUGGUCCCUUUAAAAUUUUGUCCGAUGAUGAAAUUUCCAGAGACUCAAAUGAGGAGAUUCUAUCUGAAGCUGAAGAAAAUGGAGAACAGGAGGAGACAAAGAAACUGUUCAAAGGCUUUACAAAGAAAGGAAAAAUUCGACAAGAGUUUAUAGAGGAAGAAGCAGAAUUAUCGGGGAGCGACGCAGAAAGUGAUGAGAAUGAUGAUGUCGCUGAAGAGGAUGACUAUCUGGAAGAAGAGGAGGGGGACAUGGAUGUUGGACUGAGUGAGGAUCAGCUGAGGGACCAAGUUGGGCGUGUCCACAUGAAGCAAUUGCUAGAUGACGAUGCAAGAGAGUUGUUGCGUUACAAAGAGAUGUACUUAGCUGAUGGCGAUCUCCAUGCCGAAGGCAUGGGACGCCAGAGACGAUUUCACUGGAAGAACAUGGAUGAAGGUUCACAGAAAGACAUGUUUGCCAAUGGCUCUGAUGAGGAAAAUCUGGAGGAUGUUGAUGAGAAGCAGUGGAGAAUUGAGCGUCAUGAACGAGAGAGAUUCCUGGAGGAGCAGCAGGAGCAAGAAAUGGAUGAUGACAAGAGCCAGUUUAGCAAGUUUGGCAAGUUCUUCCUUCAGAGAAAAUCUUCAGACCCGUCUGUUCCACAGGAAGAGAAACCAUUUCUCAAAGCUAAACUUGGCCAGCUGCAAUCCCUGAAUGACAAGACUAGUCCCAGCAAAUUUCUUAAGCCAAAGGUCCCUAAGCGAGGGUCUUUCCUGGCACGUAGCAAAGAUAACCUGACCAGAAUUGCAGAGAUGAACAAACCCACAUCACUCAAUGUGUCGGCAUCUCGCUCAUCACGCAGCUUCGUCUUCCAAGUGGGUUCUCCAGAGAAGAAGGUGAAUGUUGGUGCAACAGCAGAUCAGGUAACACCAGCAGCAGAUAUUCCAAAAACAAAAUCCUCUGGAGUUAAGAAACCGCCAGCCAAAAAGGUGUGCUUGGAGCAUGUUACAAAAGUGAAAUCACAGAAGAGCAUUUUCAAACUUCUUGAAAAGUGACUUUCAGUGUAUAAUAGCAGCAUGCAUGACUAUUCAUACUCUACCAUGUGAAGAUCCUUUGCUUAUUGUGAUAUUUAUUUAAAGACUGUCCUGUAUUUAAUGUUGAAAAUGUUUUACCAGGUAAUAGUAACACUGUACAUGAGAGUAUAGUGGUUGAUUUUAUACCUCUUCUUUCCACUUUCCAUGAAGGAAUAAAUGUUACUGGUACAUAUGACCUAAUUCUCCUUUAUUAUUUCAUCAUAUCUUAUUUUGAAAUAUUUAUUUCUAAUAUUCCAUGCACUGCUGUUUAACCCCAUGUUCUCUUGAUUCAUUCUCAAAAUAAAUACAAGUAAAUAGUGGUAGCAGACAAUAAGAGUAGUUUUGUCAAGGCAUUUAUUUUUGUUUCCAAGAAGGAAACAAAUUGACAAGUUUUAUUUGGUUUUUGAUGGACAAUAAAGGAACCUCAGUUUA